GUAAACAUCAAACAAAUUAUGAAAUUUUAUACUAAUUGAAUGAAUUUUUCUUAAUUUUUCUUAAUUUAAUGAAAUUUUCUUGGGAUUUUUAUCCCUUAGUGAUUUAUUUUACUGCUAAAGAUCGUGGAGAUGAAGUAUGAAAGAUGAGACCGUUGAAUUUCGCUUGUAAGUAGCUUUUAAAUAGCAGCAGAGAAAAAAAUAGAGGAUCAUUCAUCAUGUUUGGUUUGAGGAUUUGCAGACGAAAUAGGUUGAGUUUUAUACGAGCGAUUGUGAUAUUCAUCUGUCUCUGUGCUAUGUUCUUUUUUGUGAAAAAUAUGACUGAUGUGACUAAUCGUACGAUUCAUGAAGACGGUGAAGUGAUUGAACUCAACGGCUUCCCCUCAGAGAAAGUUGAUGUUGAUGCACAAAUGGGUUUAAAUAUUUUUACGGAGAGGAAGAAGCAAAAUUAUAUAACUUCUAAAAAGGACGUGGUCUCAAGGCCUUUGAACAAUGGUAAACCAAUUGCAAGUCUGGAAACUUAUGAAAACUUAGCAAACUUGCGAGAGACUGUGAGACAUCUCAAUACAGAGCAAAGCACCUUAAAUCUACGUAAAUUUCCUAAGAGAACGAAGAACAGUAUUAUCAUCGUCAUUCAAGUUCACAAACGUUCAAAGUACUUUAUGAAACUUAUUGAGUCUUUGCGAAAGGCCAAAGGAAUCUCAGAUGCUCUGCUUGUGAUAAGCCAUGAUUAUUAUGCAACAGAAAUGAAUGAUAUUGUACAAGGUAUUGAUUUUUGUCAAGUUUUGCAGAUUUUCUUUCCCUAUUCCCAGCAGCUCCAUCCACAUAAGUUUCCCGGAAUGGACCCCAGAGAUUGCCCCAGGGACAUCUCGAAAAUGCUCGCUCGUCAAAUGCAGUGCAACAAUGCCGAGCACCCGGAUAUGUAUGGUCACUACCGGGAAGUGAAGUUCACCAUGACCAAGCACCAUUGGUGGUGGAAAGCUAACAGGGUCUUUAACGAGCUUCGAAGUACGAAGAACCACGAUGGCUUAGUUCUAUUUCUCGAGGAAGACCAUUACGUUGCUCCAGAUUUUUACGAAGUCCUCCAGAAAGCGUAUAGCUUGAAAAAGUUCGACUCAAGAUGUCUUGAACAUGGCUGUGAGAUUAUAACCCUUGGUGAUUAUAAACUGGUUAGAGAUUUCAAAUCAGCUGGAAGCAAAGUGUUAAAAAUCCAACCGUGGAAAUCGAAUGAGAAUAACAUGGGGAUGGCUUUCGAUAGAAGGACUUGGAAAAAGCUGAUGGGAUGUAGCGAGAUGUUCUGCACUUAUGAUGAUUACAAUUGGGAUUGGACGCUAAUGAGAGUUAGUUUAAAGUGUUUAAAAAAGCAGUUAACAGUCUUACUGUUCAAUGUACCUCGGGUGUUCCACCUUGGGACGUGUGGGCUUCACCACAAGGACGCAAACUGCAACAUUCAGACGGUCCUCGACCUGACUGAAGAUGUGAUAGACACUAACAAAGAUGCAUUAUUCCCACUAAGUUUGGAAAUUGAGCUGGCUCGACCAUGGAUCCAAGGACAUUAUGGUCAGCCUAACGGGGGCUGGGGGGAUGUGAGAGACCAUGAAUUGUGCAUGAAUUUUACCAAAUCGACUGACUAAGUAAUGUCAGUCCACUGUAGUAUUUUGAUAUGUAAAACAAUAAAACUAAA